CCACUAUUCUAAAAGCACGGAAUUUCGAAGAGGUCGAGGAGGGAGAACCGGAGGACUCUUAUAGGCGUUACGAACGUGGUGAACCCAUUACUUCGUCCAAAAAUCCUCCUGUUGAUGACGGUUCGGACGACCUCGACGCUACCAUUACCGUUCAAUUUUAUGCCGCUGGUGUUGAAGGCACGUGUGACAAGCUGUCUAAGUUGACGUUGAAAUUGGCACCGAAUACCUCCGGAAACAUGGCGCCGAGUCACGGGUUUAAUAAUGGCGCGAUGGAAUCUCGAGGACUCACUGCCGGCCCCGACUUAGGAACCAUCAAAGUUGGCCAUCAGUACAUCUGCGAAUGUCAUAUUGGUCGCAUGUUUUCUGAGAGACGGCUGGAUCCUGCCAGAGAGGCUAAUUACCGUCUCCAAGGUAUCCAAGUUAUCCAGUCUACUAGAGAGGCUCUCUUGCUACCAGUCAAGACUUACAAUACCGCGUGUACUCUGUACCAUCGCUUCCGCCUAGAUCAUCCUACCCCCGAUUACAAUUAUACCGAUGCUGCUCUGGCCUCUCUUUUUGUGGCAUGUAAGAUCGAGGAUACGUUGAAGAAGUCGCGCGAGGUUCUAUGCGCUCACCACAACCUCAAGAACCCGGAUCAUCCGACUACUCAGGACGACAAGAUUUUUGAUCAGUCGUCCAAAGUACUCAUCGGGAUUGAGCGAUUCAUGGUCGAAGCGAUCAAUUUUGACUUCCGUGUCCGGUACCCUCAGAAGAUUAUUGCUAAGAUCGUUAAGAAAGUUCUUGCCCCCCCGGCUGAUAUCUCGGACUUCAUCCCAACAGCAUUGAAGAUGUCUAUUGACCUAUAUAUGACCUAUGCGCCGCUUAAGCAUAGCUCAUACACCUGUGCUCUUGUAAUUGUUCAGCUGACAGCCUUAAUCACUAACCAAUUCCAUGAUGAAUUUGGAAGUAUGAAUCCACUUGAUUGGCACACCGACGAUAACUGUGUAGCUGAAGUCAUGCUCGAUCUUCUCGAUCUCUACACGCAGCAUGGCAAGGCUACCAAGGUUGGCCCCGAGUUUGAUUUACAAGUUUUCAUCGAUGUCCAGAUCAGGGUAAACCAGUAUUCUGAACGGGCGGGCCUUUCGCGCUAUGUGAAUCAAUGCAAGGAAUGUCAAUCGACUAUUCCGCCUCCCACUCCGUCAUCAGACUCACCUAUGUCAUUGAACACACCUUCCGCGUCAGGCACCAGCACUAUUAAGCGCGGGCUUAAGGUUGCUGAUGGAGGUACAACGCGAUUCAUUUUCGAUGCAGACGAGGCCGUCCAAGAGAAGAGGACAUACAACGAGUAUAACAUGGACGAGUUUGAAGAGUGGGAAGAAGAGUUCGAAGAGCCGAUUCCGGAUCCUCGCGACGACCGUCGUCAUGAGCCUCGCGGUCCCAGAGGACCUCGUGGUCAUGGACGAGGUCACGGCCGAGGUGGAUUUGAUCCCGGCUGGACGCCACGUAACCGUCAUGACCGUCGUCGUCGCGGCGGCGGUUUCUAUUAAUAGUCUUGUCCCCGCGAUAGGAAUAUACGCGACGGUGAAACUAAGUCUCCCUUCCUCUGGGACGUGGAAAAAUUCAUGUAUUUGAUUCGGUGGUUUGACUUGGUUUAUGUUUGCAUUUGACGGAGUACGGAUUGAUACCCUCUUCUGGAAUUCUCGUGGCGGAAAAGUAUUGGCGGGCGCGUUAGUCCUGCGAAUUUCAUGGGGGGUGGUUGUCAUGUGUAUGGCAUAGGUUUGCUAGACUAGCUUCUUCAGGUCGCAAUUCUCGCGAUAUAGCUUCACAUAUGCACGUAGCUAAUAUUACGCUGUCGUUUCCCCUA